AUGGGAAUGAUCAUUUCAUCAGCUCCAGUUGUUCAAAAUGAAUUAGUAACAAAAAUAUUUGUUGAAGAAGUGUUUACAAAAGCAGAUGAUAUCAAAGAGAAUAUUGAACUUUCGGAAAUAGUCACCGAUAAACUUUUAUUUUUUGAUCAUACUAUGAUGUCAAUUGAUGCAAAUGUCGAAAUACACGAUAAUCUUUAUUUUAAAUACGACGAUACAAUCUCGGAAAUACCUACAACUGAAAAUUCUCAAUUAUUUCAAAUGAAAUUUUCUGAUAAUCAUUUUUACUAA